CGCGCACGUCCGUCUGAAGAGUGGGUAUUAUGGUAUCGGAGAGGGGCAGUGUCUUGCUGGGUCCUGUGGCGUUCGCUCCGCGUGGUGACGUGUCCGCCGUCCCGCCUCGCGCCCGUGCCGAGACGGCGUGCCCUCCCGCGACGGCCGACCUGUGGCGCGCGCCGCUCGCCGCCGCCAGGAUGCACGUCGACACGAAGCCGGUGGUGAACCCGUUCAUGGAGGCCGGCCACGGCCCGGUCGGCCUCAUGUUCGGGCCGAGCAUGAGCGCCGCCGAGGCCAGCAUGCAGAACCAGUACCAGAACGGCUACGGCAUGGGCGUGCCGGUGAGUCACCACGGCAUGCACGGCCACAUGGGCUCGUACGCAGCGCGCGACUUCUUCCUGCGCCGCGACCACAUGGCCGGCUCGCUGGGCGCGCUGGGCGGCCACGACCUGCCGCAGCAGCACCACAGCGUGUUCGCCUCUUCCGGGCUCGGCCACCACGAGCCGUCCAUGGUGCUGCCCGGCCUGCACGACCAGCAGCACGCGCACAUGAACAGCCAGAUGCGACUGGGCUCCAUGUACGGCGCCGAACAGUUUCAGCAGCUGUCGGGCAACCAGUUCCACCACCAGAUGAACUGGAACAUGGGCGCCAUGGGCGCGCCGCACGGCUGCUACCGAUACUUGCGUCAGCCGCUCAAGCAGGAGAUGACCUGCAAGUGGAUCGACCCCGACCAGCCGUCGCCCAAGAAAGUGUGCAACAAAACGUUUCACAGCCUGCACGAGAUUGUGAACCACCUGACAGUGGACCACGUGGGCGGUCCCGAGUGCACGAACCACGCCUGCUGCUGGCAGAGCUGUGCACGCAACGGACGCGGCUUCAAGGCCAAGUACAAGCUGGUGAACCACAUCCGCGUGCACACGGGCGAGAAGCCGUUCCCGUGCCCGUUCCCCGGCUGUGGCAAGGUGUUCGCCCGCUCCGAGAACCUCAAGAUCCACAAACGAACGCACACAGGCGAGAAGCCGUUCCGAUGCGAGUACGAGGGCUGCGACCGACGCUUCGCCAACAGCUCCGACCGCAAGAAGCACUCGCAUGUGCACACGUCCGACAAGCCGUACAACUGCAAGGUGCGCGGCUGCGACAAGAGCUACACGCACCCCAGCUCGCUUCGCAAGCACAUGAAGGUGCACGGCAAGGACGUCAGCGGCUACGACUCGGACUCGUCCUCGGCCACCAACGCGUCCACGCUGCGCUCGCCCACGUCGCUGACCUCGCCGCCGGCGGCCGUGACCUCGCUGACCUCGAGUCUGCAGCAGACCAACCUCAACGAGUGGUACAUCUCGCAGAACGCCACCGGCAUGCCGACGCCGCCCAGCAACGAGCACUCGCCGAUCGGCGGCCAUCCGCAGGCGCACCUGCUGCCCACCACGAGCGCGUACUGACCGCGCCGCGCGCCGUCCCUGUACAAACGCGCCGUUGUUUUGUUCGAGAGCUAUCCGCAGUCUCAGGGCCGUGCUUGACACCGCGGAAUACUCGCGCGCGACGCGGCGGACCGGGCGCGAGCUGGCUGUUGCCCUUGUGACGUCAUGAGGAUGUCAGUGACGUCACUGGGUUCGUUUGCGCUCCGAGAUGCGCCGAGCACGCUGUCGCUUGCACCGUUUGUUCGCUGGGCUGCACUGACCGCACCGUCGGCGACGGCUCUCGCUCGUCACGCUGUCGUGCCAUCUCUGCGUGCGUGACGCUACGCGUCUGCGCGCCAGUAUCCGCGCUUUGUUUUUAUCUCCUUAACAGUUUGCUUGUUCGUGUUGAAUUUUGAUAUAACUGACGCCCCGACUGACUUGUUAUCAAACCCCGUGCAAUGUAUGUACGGACGAGGCACCUCUGCCCGUGUAAACCCGUGCGCCUCGUGUAAACCCGUGCUCCCCGUGUAAACCCUGUGCGCGCUGCGUCGGCCACGCGUUCUGGCUACGAAAAGCUGGAUAUAUUUUAUGUGUGUGUUGUGACCGUGGACCGAUCAGCUAGUUCAAGCGUGGGUCCGUAUCGUGAUGUACAUUCUCAUCUAGCAUUGUCUGAUCUCAUGCGUUAUAAACGAGUUACGACAACGACGCAGGCUUCACUGUACAUUGUAAACAGUUCAAAGAACAUUGCCUCUGAACAUGCUGUGUACAGUAGAUUUUAUAAUAAAUGUAUGUCGCUAUUC